AUGGCCUCGGUCUUGGAAAACGCAAAUACCCUGCGCAAAGCGCUGGGUACGGGCUCAGGCCUCUCCUUCGGCGCAUGGCAAAUGCUGCCCGGCUCGUAUCUAUCACGGACGAUCGCCCGGGCCGGCUACGACUGGAUUUGCAUUGACUGCGAGCACGGAAACAUUGCGGACAACGAAAUGCACGAAUCCAUCCAGGCAAUCGCCUCCGUCAACGUUAGCCCGAUUGUGCGCAUCCCCGCCAAUGAAGGAUGGAUGGUCAAGCGAGCCCUAGACGCCGGUGCGCACGGAAUCAUCGUUCCUCUCUUGUACAGCGUCGAGGAUGCAAAGAAACUGGUACAAACAGCAAAGUUCCCGCCUGUCGGGAAGAGAGGGUUCGGUAGCCCCUUCUCCAUGGGCGCGUUCGACAUCAAGGGCGAUUUGACCGGCUAUGAGUACAUGAAGAACGCGAAUGGUAAUCUUUUAACCAUUGUUCAGAUUGAGACGAAGGAGGCCCUAGCAAGUGUCGAGGAAAUCGCAAAAGUUGACGGAAUCGAUGUACUUUUUGUCGGCCCCUGGGAUCUGGGUAACAACAUUGGACACCCUGUCGAGGGAGAGUUUUCCCCAGAGUUGAACGCGGCGAUUGAGAGAGUCUUGAAGGCCGCUCAAGCCGCCGGUAAAUGGUCCGGGAUUUACUGCCCAUCCGGAGAGUGGGCAAGAAAGUAUGCCGACCAGGGCUUCCAAAUGAUCUCCGUCAUCAAUGACAUGACAGCCAUUCCGACAUAUAUGGCAGAGUCGUUGUCGAAGGCCAAAGGUUCGUACGGCCACGCGACUGCGCAGGCUAUCAAGGGCGCUGCAUAUGGAGCAGUCAACCUGUUGACGCAGGAGGAAAAGAAGUAA